AUGUGCUCCUACACCUACUCAUGGUACUACUGCAACCACGACUAUUACAUCUGGGCCAACAGCAUAGAAGUCUGCUCUUCCCGCCUCCUUUCGGGAUAUUCCUAUGACGCCUGGUCCAUCGACAUGUGUUCCAAGAUGAAGAUUGAAUGCGGUGGCUUCUCAAACUACUAUUGCACGGACUGCUCGGAAGACGUUGCUUUGGAGUUUGAGUUGGAUGAGCUGUAG